GCUUCCCAGAACUUUUGAACGUGGGCGAGGGUAUCGGGAUUGUUGGGUGCCUGUGUGGAAGCCAUGAUGCAGGUGGGUGUUGAAGAAUUUGGAGCUGGAGAGGGAUGGCAAUUUUAGCAAUCGCAGAUCAAUUUACCAAUCGGAGGUGGGGCAUCGUUGCUCCGUUGGACAGCGGUGAAACGAGGAGUACCCCCAGAGCCCUCCGAGCGAAUGCAGACGACACUUGUGCUGUUCCUUGCUGAUAGACAGUCAUUCUCGCGCGUCGCUGGAGUCCCUUGAGUUCCUUCGAGCUCCAUGCAUGCGCUCACGCAGCCACCAUGAGCGACCCCGUUGCAGCGACCGCGAAUGCGCCAGAUACGACCGCCGGUGAACCGCUCAACGAUCUUGUAGAGGAAAAGGCAGCAGACACAGCGUCUCAGAAAGAAGCACACCAGACGCCGCCGUUCGAUGUGAAGGCCCUUACAGACCGCGCACUGCAGUUCUUGGCCACAGCCAGCAACGAGACGCUCGGAGCGUGUCUGGUGGGCCUUGGUGCAGGGACAUACCUGAUACUUGGCCGAGUCGGCCUCGUGCUCAUCGGCGUCGUCGGUGGAGUCGUGCUUCAUGCGACAUGGGAGGGGCAGUCACAAAGUGGCGAGGAUGCAGAGCACAAGGGCAAGAGCAGCGAAGCCAGGAAACGGGAGCUGGGCGCGCACGUAGCGAACAGGAUUCUGGAUUGGAGAGACAAGAAGGAAAGGCAAGAUGGCGAUGCAGACGGCUCAGACGGCUCAGACCUGAGCUUGAAGCUCUACUCGGGCAUGAAUCUCGACUACUCACAGUUCAAGCCAGAGACAGCUGCAGCGUUGACAGAGCUGACAGACGCUGUCAUUCGGGACUAUGUCAAAUGGUGGUAUUCACCCAUUCUGCCUGCCGAAGAUGCUUUCCCCAGCUCGUGCCGCCAAACCCUCACUGCCUUCAUGCUCUCUGUGUCAGCACAUCUCUCCCGCAAGCGACCUGCCGACAACUUCGUCGACUUCGUAACGCGCUCAUCUUCCUUCAUCAUCAUCCUCCUGCAGGAGCUGUCAGCUGCCAUUAUAGCUUCUCCAGGCGACGCACCGAGCGAAGCUGUCGACAUAUACCUCAAGAUGAAGCGGGACAGCACGCUCGCAAACAUCCUCGAUGCCGAGUACCAGACACGGCAGUUCAGUGUCGCCGCCGAAGACAUUCUCCAAAACUAUCUAGAGCACAAGACGUACAACUGCAUGCCAGCAAGGAUAUUUUUGCACCAGAUCCUUGCCAAGGUCAUCCUCGAGAUGAUCGUAGUGAGCUGCUCUAAGCCGGAGUUCAUCAACGGUUGGAUCGUAUACCUCCUCGAGGACGGCGAGCCUGAGCUUAUGAAUGCCAUCGACGCGGGCGUCGAGGAGUCGUCUGGGCAACUGCAGAAUGUCAAGAACAAUAUCGAGAAGACUACGGGAGAGACUAUAUCGCCAGAGCGCAGAGAGCACGGGCGGCGCGUUAGCAGGGCCCAGGACGCGAUGGACGAAGCUAUGCAGGAAGCACAGCGUCUGAGUCGAUUGAUAGCUAAGGAAGACGCGAAACGCCUGAGGAGCCUGGACGAGUCGACGUCCUCCUUGACUGACGAUCAUUCGGCAAGCACCACGCAAGGAAUUGUGACCCCAACAUCAUCGCAGAGCGAGGCUACAACUGAGGGCGAGGCGACAGGCUUAGGCAUCUCCGCCCCGCCGGCGCAACCGCCCUCGCAAGCCGCACCAGCAUCACCACCAGAAGCUACUGAGGAGUCGAAGAAGGCAUUUACUAGCUUCGAUCAGCUGCUAGGCAACAACCCGCCAACCGCACUCCUCGACGAUGACGAUCGACCAGUGCCAGCAAGGCCACCUCCUCUUACACUUUACAACAGCACGAUAUCCAUCUUUGACGACAGCAUGCCAGGGGAGAAGGGCGUUAUAAAGAAUAAACCCAACGCAGAGUACUUGAUUCAAAUCGAACCCUCUUCUCACCACCACUCUGGAUGGAUGACCGCUCGGAAGUACACCGAGUUCGAGACGUUGCACGAGGUUAUUCGUCGCAUUGCAGCUAUCACAGGCACGACUGGGUUUAUUGAAGCUCAUGCCGAAUUACCUAAUUGGAAGGGCCACUCUAAGCCUUCUCUUCGAGGCGAGCUCGAGCGCUACUUGAACGAUGCAGUCAAGUACAAGCCACUGGCCGAAAGCGAAGGUAUGAAGCGUUUCCUUGAGAAGGAGCUCGGAACUGGCAAGACACCAGGUGGCGGCUUCCCUGGUAUUGGCUGGGCGGGCCAGACCUUCGACACCAUGGGGAAAGGCAUAGGGUCUACGUUCGAUGUACUAUCCAAGGCGCCAAAGGAAGUCGCUGGAGGAGGCAAAGCUCUCUUUGGCGGUGUCACUGGCGUCCUGGGCAGCGUUGCACCCUUCGGGGCAAAGAAGAACCGCGAAUCUGUCACAAACGUCACCAGCACCAAUACACCAAGCGCUAUCAGCAGCACCGCCAAUCUCUCCCGAACCUCCACGAACACAGCUGAGCCUCCGAAGACCCGUCACAGCCGAGCCGAGUCCAUCGUCCCCGAGCUUCCCACACACAUCCGUUCAGAAAGUACUUUAUCACUGGCUUCGAAACGCACAUCGAUGGAGUCAAUUCGCAACCCCAACUCGCCGGUUAUCGACCAGCAACCCCAACGCGAAGCUCAGAUGGAGCGCCGACCUUCCUACAAUCCUGACGGUGAUGGCAAGCGCUCUGGCCGCUCCUCCCGCUAUGGAUCGAGGGCCAACAGUCGCGCUCCAAGCCCGAGGAGAAGCAUAGACCUCAGCCCUGCCCUAGGCGGCGACCAGAUUAUGAACCUACCGCCCAUGCCCAGUGAAAUCACGGAUGACUACAGUAGCACCCCGCCUCGCACAUCUCUCGAUCCAUUCCACGCCCGUAAUGUCUCUCGGACGUCUUUGAGCUCGAUGGCGCCAUCGAAUAACGACGCCGCGUCGCCCGUACCUCCCCUACCACGUCGCCCAUCAGCAACCUCAGUGACCGCCUCCACCACAACGCCUCCAGCCAAACCCACAAAGCAACCCAAAACGCACACGCCCCUUUCCGAGCCCGAAACAACCGUCCUAAUCGAACUCUUCUUCGCGGUAAUAAACGAACUCUACACCCUCUCCUCAGCUUGGACACUCCGGCGCACGCUCUUAAACGCAGCAAAAACCUUCCUCCUGCGCCCCGGAAACCCCCAACUCGCAUCCAUUACCACGCUCUUCCAAACAACACUCGACUCCACAACCUCUGACGAAGGUCUAGCACGCCAGCUGCGGAAGAUCAGAGAGAACGCCUUGCCGACAGAGGAGGAAUUGAAGACGUGGCCGAAGGGGGCGAGUGAGGAGGAGAAGGAGAGAUUGAGGGUUAAGGCGAGGAAGUUGUUGGUGGAGAGGGGGAUGCCCAGUGCCUUGACGAGUGUUAUGGGGCAGGCGGCGAGUGGGGAGGCGUUGGGGAAGGUGUUUGAUUGUUUGCAGGAGGAGAGGGUUGCGAGGGGGGUUAUGUUUGGGUUGAUGUUGCAGGGGUUGAGGGCCGUCACGCAGUGAUACGGAUGUAAUGAUUAUGUACGAUACGAACAAACGAUGAUGAUUAUGG